UAUUAAAAGAAAAAUAUUUGUGGCCAGAAUUAUAUGACUUGUAUUAUUACUUUUAUUCCCUGAUCUCCGAGCGUUGCUUCUGCAGAUAUGGCUUCUUCCAUCAGUCACCCUACCCUUCAGGGUCCUCUACUUGCAUCACAAUUCCUCGGCCAAAACCACCUGUGGUUAGGCCAUCAUAGAACAUCCUUUCCUGUUCAAAACCAACGGCAAGCUUAUCAAUCUCUGCUAUGUGCUAAAUUCGAUCUAUUCGAGAUCAUGGGAGGUAGAGGGCUGUGCAAUGGGGAGAGAGGUAUAAAGCAAGAAUUGCAGAGGAACAUACAACAAGAAUCAUCGGUUGCUGCUACAGACCAAGAGAAUUAUGGCAUCAUUGAAAAGCCAACUAUGAAUGUACCAGAAGAUGCUUUUGAGAAGGAGAUGAUGGGGUUAACUGGUGGAUUUCCGGGCGGCGAAAAAGGUUUGAAGAAGUUCAUUGAGCAAAACCCACCCCCUAAAAAUACUUCAACUACUAAUUCAGGAAGCCUACCUGCUUUUUCCACCUCAGAGAAACCAAAACCGCCUGAAUUACCACUUCUCAUGCCUGGUAUGAUUGCCAUUGUCAAGAAUCCGAACAACCCAUUUUACAUGUACUGCGGCAUUGUUCAGAGGAUCACAGAUGGAAAGGCAGGUGUUCUCUUUGAGGGAGGAAACUGGGAUCGCCUGAUAACUUUCAGGCUCGAAGAGCUUGAACGAAGGGAGAAGGGCCCUCCAAUGAAAAAUCCAAAAUCUGCUGUUCUCGAACCUCUGCUCGAACAGGUUUCAGAAUGAUUCAGUCAUUUUUUCUGAUGUCCAAAUGUGUGUAAGUUCAUGACUGUGUUUUGCACUUCUGUCACUUGACCUUAGGCAGAAAUCAAAUCCAUACUUUUCAAUUAUGCAACAACAAAGCAUGUCCUUAGGCAGAAAUCAUCUCUGUACUUUUCAAUUAUGCAACAACAAAGCAAGACCAUGAACCAGAAAAGAAAAUGUAAAUAGGCUGUUUUGUUGUGAUUGAAGUUUAUUCAUAUUAUGCAACAAUAAGGAAAGGAUAUGAACCGGAAAAGAAAAUGUAUAUAGGCUGUUUUGUUGUGAUUGCA